AUGGCUCCAUUAGCAUCAUUGUUGGUGUCCCUGUUAACCAUACUUGGGCUAUUUGCAUCAGGAGUUCUUUCAACCACAUUCACAAUGGUGAACAAGUGCGAGUACACAGUUUGGCCCGGCAUUCUCACCAACGCCGGCGUGCCUCCGCUUCCGACCACCGGCUUUGCUCUCCAAAAGGGCGAGACCAAGACCAUCUCUGCCCCAACCUCCUGGGGAGGCCGCUUCUGGGGCAGAACCCUCUGCUCCCAAGACUCCACCGGCAAAUUCUCCUGCGUCACAGGGGAUUGCGGCUCCGGCAAAGUAGAAUGCGCCGGUAAUGGCGCUGCCCCGCCCGCCACUCUAGCUGAGUUCACCCUCGACGGGUCCGGCGGCCUCGAUUUCUUCGACGUCAGCCUCGUCGAUGGUUACAACCUCCCUAUGUUGGUGGUCCCACAGGGCGGCAGUGGGACCAACUGUUCGAACACCGGCUGCGUGGUCGAUCUCAACAGCCUUUGCCCUUCCGAGCUCAAGGUCACCAGCUCCGACGGCAGAGAAGGCGUGGCCUGCAAGAGCGCGUGCGAGGCGUUUCAACAGCCGCAGUAUUGUUGCAGCGGCGCGUAUGGUACACCGGACACUUGCAAGCCGUCAUCCUACUCUCAGAUAUUCAAGAACGCUUGUCCGCAUGCUUACAGUUACGCAUACGACGAUAGGACCAGCACCUUCACAUGUGCUGCUGCGGAUUACACCAUCACUUUCUGCCCCUCGCCUAGCACCAGCAAGAAAGCGUCUCAGGGACAGAACACACAGCCACAGCCUACAAAUACCACUACAGGUACACCGUCGUCCACAAGCAGCUCACCGGAGCAGAUAAACAACACAAUGGAAUACGAAGGUGCCUCGUACGAUCAAAGCGAAGCAUCCUCGUCCACGCGUACUACAUCACAUGCAAUUGCCGUCGCGCUGGCCAUUCAGCUGCUGUCGCAGCUCUUCUUCUAA